AUUUAUAAAUCCAUGAGAUAUUUAAUGCUCAGUAGUACCUUAAUCAAAUUUCUAGCAAUCUGUUGAGCAGAAGUGCAUAGAUAGUCAAGAACAAAAAGGUUCAUCAGAGUUCAUCUUCUCAAUAGCUAGCAACCUGCUGCUAGAACAGAGUUGGUGCGGAUUUCUAAAGAAGACGUAUAAGAAGAGAAGCUAGAACAGAAAUACAACGUCAUAAGGAAGGGCCAAAACAAUUUACAGUUGGCUGUUAGAUAGGUGUGGGAUGGAGGAGGCCGGGCUGUGUAGCAAGGCAGGGGCUAAGUGCGGGAGAUGGAAUCCGACGGCUGAGCAAGUGAAGGUGCUGAUGGAUCUCUUUAGCGCGGGGCUGCGAACACCAAGCACGGAGCAAAUCCAGAAGAUCUCAUACCAUCUCAGUUCCUUCGGCAAGAUUGAGAACAAGAACGUCUUUUAUUGGUUUCAAAACCACAAGGCCCGUGAACGCCACCACCACCCUCAAAAGAAGCGCCGCCGCCCACCACCAGCUCCGACGUCACCAGUACAUAGUGAACUUUUCGUUAUAGAACCCUCAGAGCAUAGGAAGUUCCCAGUAACUAAGCUGUCAGGUAUCUGGAACGAAGAAAUGGAGAUGAAGAGAGGAGAGAAGAAGACGCUUAAGCUGUUUCCUUUGACUUCUAACUAUGACUACGACGUUGUGGGAGAGGAUCAGUACAAAACGGCCAGAAACUCUCCGCUGGGGAAUAACAUGGCAGGAGAGGUGCACUUCUUCGACGCUGUAAUAGAACCGCCAUUGGACCUUACCUUGGGCUUCUUCUAAUUUCACUUCGCAAAUACGUAUACUACUUGCUAAUUGCCGCCUAUUAUCCGUCUUGAGCAGCUAGCUAGCUAGACUGAUAGUUACUCCGUGUCUGUACCAGUGCGUGUGUGAGGUGAGAGAGAGAGAGAGACAGAGAGAGA